AUGAGUCCCGUGACGAUAAUUGGUGAAUUUGAAUUGUGGUCAAGUUUAAUACAAACGACGUGUUCGAGAAGAGACGCGGGAAUUUUCGGUGGCGGAGGUGGAGGAACAGGAGGAGGAGGAACAGGAGGAGGCCGUGGAGGUGUCGGUGGAGGAAGUGGAGGAAGUGGUGGAAGUGGUAGUUACGAAGAAGGAAGAAGAGAAGGAAGAAGUGACGGAGGUGGCGCGGAAGGUGGUGACGACGGCGGUGGUGGAGGCGGCGGUGGGACGAGGGGAAGAGGAGUUUUGGGCCCGGCGGAGAAGUUUGAAGCCGUCAAAGUGGCUUCUUCACUGGGGCUCCAGGGGCCUUCUGCGCCGAUCGGGGCCCAAUUGUUGGCUACUGGCGGCGGUUCAGAGGAUGCGCCGGCCGCGACAGUUUACCACGCCAAUCUGGUAGCCGGUAGCAACACCUCCGUCGUGACAGCGGCCCUACAACAGCCGGUAUUAGCGAGCCUUAACUCGGUGGCAUUGGCAAGUAUGCAGGCCUCCGCGGAGGCCAACUCGCUGGAUAUACAGGCCAUGCAGUCCAUGGACUGGCUCUUCAAGAAGGAGCGAAUUUAUCUUCUAGCCCAGUUCUGGCAACAGAGGGCAACGUUAGCAGAGAAGGAAGUGUCCGCGUUGAAGGAACAACUUGCAAACGCGAACGAUGGUAACAUUAAGACUGAGGGACAUCAAUUGUCCCAGAAUUCGCAGGGAAGCGAUCAGCAGCAACACGAUGCUAGCAAUCCCAGGAGAACUCCGAAUAGCAAUCUCGAACAGGAAUUGCAGGCAAAGGACAAAGAG